AUGAUUCAUGGUGCCCAAGGCGUCUUCGCAAAGAUGGGAAGGGGCGUAGCAGUUCUUUCGAUUUCUCAGAUAGACAGAUCUCGACCUUCUUCAACCCAGGAUAGCGAGCAAGUUCUUAUAGGAGGAAUAGAAUUCCGAGAAGACCAUACUGAAACCUUCAGCCUCCUUUGCAAGGCGUGCAACAGUCGCGUCUCCAGGGACUCAUGGGAGUCCAUUGAGCGUCAUAUGCUCAACAAAGCGCAUGCCGAGGACCGACAAGAACUAGGCUUGAAAAGCGAAUGGGUACCUUCGUCGAGGGUUGCUGCACGUCGUACCACGAAGAUAGACACUGAGGAGAUUGACAGCAAGGAUAAUGUUGACAACGAAGGUUCCAGCAAAGGAAUCAAACGUCGCCGCUUGCGGUAA